CAGACAGACAGCGUUUUGCAGCUAUCAACAAACAUGGCGAAACCCACUGAACUUGUUCCAAUGCCGACCGGCCACAUUGGAGCAGAAAUUGACUCGGCCGACGAAAUAAUGGAGGUUGACGACGUCUGCGUUCAAGAAGACGUUCUCAAAGACUCUUUAAACAUGUCUGGUGACCUCGAAGAUGGUGAAAUUGACGAUCCAGAAUGCGGAGAAAUCAACGACGCUGGGGACUACCCUCUCGAAGGAAUUAAUACGAGGAACAAGGGUCCAGGAAGAAUCUAUGAAAACAACUUCAAAGCAGGCAUUGAUUUAGGCAGCGAGGAAGGAAAGAUGCUGCUAGAAAAGAGAGCCAAGCGUUUUGGUCUUGAGGAAGGUGACAUAAAAAUCCCUGAAAUCGUCCCAGCAAACGCUGUAGAUGAAACAGUGCUGCAGGAGCUCUACAAAAGCUUAAACAUGUCUGAAGCAGAAAGUUCUUACGAGAAACAAGGCUACCGACUAACUGCCAUUCACAUUCGUGGCGUGCAGGAGAUGAACACAGAUGAAGUCUUCAGCUUUUUCCGCCACUACAAUCCCGCCACUCUGGAGUGGAUCAGCGACGUGUCUUGCAACGUAGUCUGGCAGGAUACGAUCGACGCUGCAAGGGCGUUAAUUGGACUAUCAAAGCCGAUCAUCGGUCUGACGGAGCGUCGGAGCGACAAGUAUGAAGAGAUUGUCGUGGUUGAGGAGGAAACCGAUGACACUACAAUUGUUGAGGAAAUUAUGGAGGGGGUUCCAGAUGCAAAGGAAUCGCAUGAUCAGGAGAACAGAGCACCUGAGCAUUUGGGUUUAGUACCGGCAUCUACUAUUGAAGUUCCCAUCCCUCCCGGAUACUGGAGAUACGGAGGAAAGAAACGCAACUCUAAAGGUUUGCUUCUACGUUUUGCCAAGGUUGGAGAUAAGAAGCCUCCAGGUGCAGAAAGCCACAGUGAAUACUACAGAGUGCAUGGUAAUCCAAACUACGGAGGAAUGAAAGGGUUCAUCUCGCAGAACAGAAAAAGGAAACGCCAAGAGAGGAAGAGCUCUCUCCCAAAGAUGGUCGAAAAUACAAGUAAGAAUCCAUGGGGCAAUUUGGCUCAAGAUUGGAGCACUGUUGACAUCAGGCCAAGAGGACCUAGAGAACGCUCAAAUUUGGACGAUCAUGGUCUGCUAGAGAAAAUCGCAGAUGUGAGGAUGAUCCUAAAGUCAAACCGGAGCAACCCACCUGCGCCGCCGCCAACCAUUCACUCUUCGGACAGUGAGCUGCUUUCAGAAUCCUCGUCCGAGGAAGAAAUGCUGUGGACAAAGAAGCUAAAGCGGCCGCAGAUGAGAAUGCAUGCGGACGAAGAGGAAAAGAAAAUCAACAAGCGACGAAAGAUGGCCGCGAGGAGUGUGAAGAUUCCACACAGAACUCGUACGCAGAUUGCGGAAAAGCCCAAAUUUGAAGACUUGCGGUCUCGUCUGUCCCACUCAAAUCAAGGCUCAGUUUGGUCGCGUCUGCAGGCUCCCGCUAGGCCUGAGAGGAGAAGAGACUACUCUCCCAAGCGAGCCGAUUCCGAAGAGGACGAGCCACCUGUGCGGCACGCUGUCCAGUCGACCAUUUCAGCGGUUAAGGGCGAUUUGAGAGGUGCAAUUGAAGUCAGAAAAUCAGGCGGACAAGAUUUGCGUUCAAAAAUAGUAAAGCCAGAGCCAAAGAGAGAUUCGUACAGAGAGCCACGUCGGAACAGCAGACGCAGGAGGUCGGUGACGCCUCCGUACAAGAAGGAAGAGAUCAGAAUCGAGAUCAAAAAUGAGAAUUUCAAGGAGAAGAACCCAAGCAGCAGCGGAUCUGACAGUGAGAGCAGCAGUAGCAGUAGCAGCAGUACGUCCGGCUCAUCAUCCUCUUCUGGCAGCAGCAGUUCUAGUGACUCUGACUCUGAAGAAGAUGAACGGCAGAGCAAGAAGAAGUAGUUUAAGGUAUUCAGAGUAGAGCAUCGGUCCAAAUGUAAAAAUAAAUUCGCAUAUUUUUAAAUAA